GCGCGGGGCGCGGGGCGCGGGGCGCGGGGCGGCUCUCCCCGGGCGGCGAUGGCGCGCGCGGGCGCCGGGAGGCGGGCGCCGUUGUAGCGGACUCAGCGGCGGGCCUGAGGCGGCCCAGGCGGCGGUCGCGCUCGCGCGCCAUGGCCCCCAUGGGCAUCCGCCUGUCCCCGCUCGGGGUGGCCGUGUUCUUCCUGCUGGGGCUCGGCGUGCUCUACCACCUCUACUCGGGCUUCUUGGCCGGCCGCUUCAGCCUCUUCGGCCUGGGCGGCGAGCCGGCGGGCGGGGCGGCCGGCUCGGAAGGCGACGGGGGCGCGGUGGACCUGCGGGAGAUGCUGGCCGUGGCGGUGCUGGCGGCCGAGCGCGGCGGCCAGGAGGUGAGGCGGGUCCGCGAGAGCAACGUCCUCCACGAGAAGUCCAAGGGGAAGACGCGCGAGGGUGCCGAGGACAAGAUGACCAGCGGCGACGUGCUGUCCAACCGCAAGAUGUUCUACCUGCUCAAGACCACCUUCCCCACCGUGCAGAUAAAUACUGAGGAACAUGUAGAUGCAUCUGACAAGGAGGUCAUUGUGUGGAAUCGUAAGAUUCCCGAGGACAUCCUGAAGGAAAUAACUUCUCCCAAGGAGGUUCCUGCAGAAAGUGUGACUGUCUGGAUUGAUCCACUUGAUGCUACACAGGAGUACACGGAGGAUCUUCGAAAGUAUGUCACUACCAUGGUGUGUGUAGCUGUGAAUGGCAAACCUGUACUAGGAGUUAUCCAUAAGCCAUUCUCUGAAUAUACAGCUUGGGCAAUGGUAGAUGGUGGUUCAAAUGUGAAAGCCCGUUCUUCCUACAAUGAGAAGACCCCAAAGAUCAUUGUGUCUCGCUCUCAUGCAGGGAUGGUCAAACAGGUUGCUCUUCAGACAUUUGGAAACCAGACAUCAAUUAUCCCAGCUGGUGGUGCUGGUUAUAAAGUUUUAGCGCUCCUGGAUGUGCCUGAUAUGAGUCAAGAAAAAGCAGAUCUAUAUAUUCACGUGACGUACAUCAAAAAGUGGGAUAUAUGUGCUGGCAAUGCCAUCUUAAAAGCCCUCGGGGGGCAUAUGACCACUCUGAAUGGGGAAGAGAUCAGUUACACUGGCUCUGAUGGCAUUGAAGGGGGACUCCUUGCUAGCAUUAAAAUGAACCACCAAGCACUGGUCAGAAAACUCCCGGAUUUAGAAAAGUCAGGACAUCAAUAAGUGUUCCAGACCACAGGGUGCAACUCCAGAGGUGAAUUGUUCGGCCUGAACUGUUGAAACUUCAAAGGACUGGUGGAGACUAUGCAUGGUUAAGGCCAUUCUGAACUUAGGAAGUACUUAUGAAGCAUCAAGACUUAUUUUCCCUAUACUAGGAUGCAAAAUCAGGGAAAUUAGGUUGCUUCAUUUCUCAAGUAUUGUCUUUAUUUUUGAGACUAUUUUCAUACAGUUGUCAUACACAAGGCACAUAUAUAUAUACAUGUAUAUACAUGUAUAUAUAUAUUUGUGGAUUAAAAUCUAGAACUGAGUCUACACUGUUAUGAGUCACCAUUUUCACUCAGCAAAUGAUGAGUCUGCACUGUUGAUACUUUCUUACAGAUUUGGGUUUGAGGAAGGCUUCAUUUUGUGUAGAUGUUUAGUGUAACUUUGAGGUUUUAUCAUACUGAAAAUAAAGUCAUUGGUGAUUUUUACUCCUCAGAUGGAAAGCACAAGAAGUCUCAUAUUCAUUAAUAGUCAUCUACCAUUUCUAUGGAUUUAGUAGAAAAGGCUUAAAUAGAUUAUUUUCUUUGAAGUUUUACUAACAGAUUCACCAGCUGACAGAAAAUACAGACAAAUGAUGAACUGCAUUGUAAUUGGAGUUUUUUGUGAAUGUCUAAGGUUUUGUUUUGGUCAGUUAAAGUGUAUCUGUCGUUUCAGCUUUUCUGCCCUGUUGCUGUUGGUUUUCAUUCCCCUUGGAAGGUGCAUUGUUCACACAUUAUUGACCAGCAUUUAGUGUUUACUUGUAAAGUUGGUUUUAGGUUUCAAUACUAGCAUCAUGAUUUGGUGUAUUUUCUUAUUAAAGAUAAAAUAUGCCGUAAGAAAAUAUAAGAAUAUAUGUGAUUAUAAUCAUUCACAUUAGAGGGAAUAACUAGUUUUAGUUAUUUUUUUUUCAGUAUUUUGUUUUAAUAAAUGUUUUAAACCUUGCCAGGUUUAUCUGUAGACAUUCUCCUCUUAUCAGGAAUGGACACAGUUCCCUUUUUAGCUACUAAUUGUCUUAAGAUAACCAAAUUCUCAAAGGAAUCGCUUGUGACACAAUUGUGUAGUUUCCUCUCAGAUUACUAUGAUGAAAAUUGAUGAUUUUUUUUUUUUCCGUUUAGUUGGCAAAAUGUGGUUAGAAAAGAGAUGGUGGCAUUUGUCAUGUGGCUCUAACUAAGAGUCAUAUUUGUUGGUGAGUGGUUUGUCUUAAUGUGACCUAGAAAAUUGAUGUAAGUAGUCCUGUCUUUUCGUAUGACUUUGAUGCCCUUACAAGCAUUAGUGAGGAAUUUCUCAUAUUUUCUUCAAAUGUAACCCUAAAGCAAUUUUCCUCUUUUAGAGAUAAAAUUGAGCAUAGUGGACAUGCUAUCCUGAUAGACAUGCAUACUUUAGGUUUGCAUAUCAUGGGGUCCAAUGCCCAUCAUUCUUCAGUACUAGACUGAAUCUUAGUACAGUACCAGGGCUUUCUCCCAUACUUAGCUGCUGGUAACAAAUUGGCCUUGAUGCAGUGAAGAUUCAAAGUUUUGAAAGGUGGGAACUUGGUGUUUGUUUAACAGGACUUGGGAGUUUUGAAAACAGUUUCAGACACCUAAUCUGAUUACUAAAUAUGCUUUCCCCAGAGAGAUGGCAGAGGCCAGAUACUCACCAGAGUCCUCUGAUAGGGACAUUUGUUUUCAUUGUAAUAUGUCAAGACAGGAAAUGGAAUUUAAUUGAAAAUGUUAAAUGUGUGGAAACUUUUAUCAUUUAGUAGAUGCAGAACUAGUUCAUGUUAGCAAGCAUGAUUGCUUUAGUUUUUAAUUUCAUUAAUCUGUGUAACUAAAGAUAUGAACUAUGCUGAGAUGUUGGCUGAGAGUUGAAAGUAUUAUUUUAUUAUUUGUUGGUGUUGUUUAGUUACUAAUGAUUUUACAUACUUUUAUAGACCAUUCAUUUUCUAAAAAAUUUAAGAGCCAAUAUACAUUACAAGGAAAACGGUAUUUAUAUUUAUUUAUGAGGUGUUGUGCCACAAUAUACUAGCCGUGGAGUAUGUAAUAUCUCUAAGAAUUAACAUUAAGUUGUUUUACUUCUAAACGUAACAAACUAAGCAAGUUUACAUUUGGAAACUCACCUGUUUUCCCUUUAGUAGAGCUUCAGUGGUAACAGCUGUCUCCUAGGUCACCCAUUGGUCCCUUUGCUGCUCCGUUCUGUUUUUCUGUUGGCCCUCUUCCUUAGCUGGUAUGCCCCAUGUAACCCAAAAUCCUCUUCCAAACUCAUUCCCCUUUAUAUGGAGACUGGAAAGCUCACAGUGAGAGUGGUCACUCUGGAAGAGAUCUGGUUAACCAUUAUUUUUGAUGUUCAGUGGGAAGUAAAGACCUUCAAAAC